GAAGAACAUGGGAUAAGCAGCAAAUUGAAGCAGAAGACAAAAUCUACUUAAGAAAUCUAAGAUAUGAUACAGAGAAUUAUUUGAGAUUUGAAGAGAAGCUACAUAAACAUAAUGAACGUGGAAGUAACUGCAGCGUUUUCUGGUCUAUUCAGAAGCAUAAAAUGAGAAAGACUGGAGAGAAACCCUAUCAAUAUGGGAAGUUUGAGGAGGCCAACUUAGAACUUAGUGAACAAACUCACACUGGGCUGAAAAUGUUUGCUGGUGAGAAAAGUAUGAAGGCCCACACAACACCAAGGUGUCUUCAACAAUGUGCAUGUAAGCAAUGUGGGAAAGCGUUCAAACAAAAUUGUGAACUUGUAGCACAUGCAAGAAUUCACACUGGAGAGACACCCUAUGCAUGUAAGCAAUGUGGGAAAGCAUUCAAGCAAAAUGGGCACCUUCCAAAACAUGAAAGAAUUCACACUGGGGAGAAAUCCUAUAUAUGUAAGCAAUGCGGGAAAUCUUUCAUUAAAAAUAGUAGCCUUAGACUCCAUGAAAGAAUUCACACUGGGGAGAAACCCUAUGUAUCUCACACUCACCUGAAUCCUGAUGAUUAUUUAGGAUGUGCAGAGAAGCUGUAUAAAUGCAAUGAACAUGGAAAACCCUACACGGAUACUCAGUUCUUUCAAAAACAUGAAACAAGAAAGAUUGGAGAGAAACCCUAUCUAAAUGAGCACUGCUGGAAAGUCUCCUCCGAUCUUACAUUGGAAAGCAUUCAGCACACAGAGUCACUGUCAAAGGCAUGGAAUAUUCACACUAGAACAAACACUAUAUGUGUGAACAAUGUGAGAGAGCAUUCACUUCACAGCAUUAUUGUAAAGUAUGUGAAAGAAUUCACUGGGAAGCCAUUCUAUGUAUGCAAGGAAUGUCAGAAAGCAUUCACUACACAGAGUAAUUAUGAUAUAUGUGAAAAUAAUCACACUGGUAACAAACCCUACACAAGUAAGCGAUGUGGAAAAGGAUUUAAUAAUAAGUCCACAUAUCAUAGAUAUGCAAAAUCCCACACUGGUGAGAAACCCUAUGUUUGUAAGCAACGUUUAAAAGGAUUUACUAUUAAUUCCACAUAUCAUAGAUGUACAAGAUCCCACACUAGUGAGAAAUCUCGUGUACAUAAGCAAUGUGGAAAAGGAUUUGCUGAUAACUUGAUGUACCAGAGACAUACAAGAUCCCACAAUGGUGAGAAGCUCUAUGUAUGCAAGCAAUGUGGGAAAGCAUUCCGCAUAUGCAGUCACUGUCAAAGACAUGAGAGAAUGCACAGUGGGGAGAAGCACUAUGUUUGUGAACAAUGUGGGAAGGUGUACACUAGACAGAAAUAUCUUCAAAUACAUGAAAGAUGUCACACUGAAGAGAAACUCUGUGUGUAUCCAUAA